CCCGCCCCUUCCCAUGACAACAAGAAUAACAUGGCUUCUAGUGUGGUAUCAGGGAAGUAUUCUCUCCACAACGAACAGUUUCCUAAAAGUUUACAGCAGGGCUUCCAGGAGCUCAGGGAAUCCAUGUGCCUUUGCGACAUCCAGCUAGUCGCGGAAAACAGGAGGUUUUGGGCGCACAGGUCGGUGCUCGCCGCGGCUAGCCCCUACUUCAGGGUGAUGUUCAGCAGCGAUAUGCGGGAGAGGACCAUGGAGUCUGUGGAGCUGAAGGCGAUCCCGGCUACGGGUCUGAAGUGUGCGCUGGACUUCAUAUACACCUCCCUGCUGCGCGCGGACUUUGACAGCAUAGAGGACGUCCUUCUGGCGUCCACGCACCUGCAGGUCACGGACCUGACGGACUGCUGCGCCCAGAUGCUUAAGGAAUGGCUCCGUGUGGACAACGUUUUCGAAACCCUGUCUCUCUCUGAAAGAUACAACCUCCCAGCAUUAAACUCCCACUGUUUAGCCUUCAUUUCGCAGAAUCUGCAUGCGGUUCUGAAGACGCGCGAAAGUUCGCUGCUACAAGUUGACUGGGAGUGCUUCUCUGGCGUGCUGAAGAGAGACGACGUCAGCCCGCUGGUCUGCGAGACUGACAUCCUGGAUCUCGCAAUGAAAUGGCUAAAUUACGAUUUGGGAAACCGGGAGCCUCGGUUGGAACAGCUUGUGAGGGAGAUUCGGCUCGGUCUGAUCUUCCCCUCGGACGUGGACUACGAUUCGGAGGGCGAGCUGUGCUCCUCCGCGCGGCUGCUGAGGGAGGCGGUCCCGGAGGGCGGCGCGUACCUCCGCAUGCUGUGCCGAGGGGAUGCGCGCUUCCAGGCCGACGGCGCGUUCCACAACUGGUUCAAGAUCAGGUCCACGCGCAAGGGCGUGCUGGCCACCUGCGGGAAAACCACCGGAAGUCUGGAAUGCGGGGAGAUCAUGGUUUUGACGGGAAAGUGUAUGGAUUCGUGGGAAACGAUUGGUCGCAGGAAAGCGAUGUACAACCACUGCACUGUGGUGCUGGACGAUUUCCUGUAUCUCAUCGGGGGACAGAACUCUUGGUUCAGCGAUCACCACGAGGAGGAGGCCGUGGCGUCGGUGUGGCGGUUCGACCCCCGCUUCCGCCGAUGGACCGAGCUGGCAGACAUGAACGUGCGGCGUCGACGGUUCCACUGCAGUGCGCUGGGGGGCGGGAUCUAUGCAGUGGGGGGGCGGGGCGAGGGGGGCCUCUUGUUCUCUGCUGAGCGCUACAGCCCCGUCCAGGACACCUGGACGCACAUCCGCGCCCUGCCCCGCCCCCUGUCCAGCCACGCUGGGGCCGUGUACCAGGACCAGCUCUACAUCUGCGGGGGCUCCUCGGGAGAGGUGUUCUCGGAUGCGCUGUUCCGCUACAGUCCGGACCGAGACGAGUGGACCAGCCUGGCGCCGCUUCACCACGCCCGAGGGUUCCACAGCAUGACGGCCGUGGGAGACAAGAUCUACGUCAUCGGCGGGGUGGUGAUUGGGGGCGGUGGGGGGAGGGGGGGGCGGUCCUACUCUGACCUGCUGGUGACGGAGUGCUACUCCCCCUGUGCGGACCAGUGGACCGAGCUGCGCCCCCUGCCUGCAGGCCACAGCCAGCACGGGGCCUCGGCCGUGGGCCAUACCAUCUACGUCCUGGGGGGGUUCUCCUGGACCGCCGAGGGCUUCCUCAGCACCGUGCACCUGUACGACACCGGAACCGACACCUGGGACACCGGCCCGGCCCUGCCCCGCCCGCUGGUGGGCCUCUCCAGCGCCACGCUCACCAUCCCGCAAGGGCUCUGUCGGACGCACGAUGAUGAUGUCACCACCGAGCCCGGGGAGUGAUGGACCCCAAGGGCCGCUCUUCUGCAAUACCAAAGUACAGCCACAGGGGGGCGCUGUGUGUGCAUGCGUGUGGGGGCCGUUGGGGAGGGGGUCCUGCCGUGGUGCUGUGGUCCCUGUGGUUCUGCUCGGGAAGCACAGGUUCGAGGAGCAUCAGGGAUUGUGGAGCUCAUUGUUCCUGUCUGAAUCUCACCUGCUUGUUCAUACCUGUGCUGUUCAAACCUGCAGAUGCACAUUUGCAUAUUCCCACCCAGAUAAUCCCCCUGCAAUCUGUAACUGGCCUCUACUAUCCCUCCACACUGAGGGAUCAACUGGAGGAACCCAGUAUUUGCUGCCCAUUGUUCUCAAUGCUGUGUUCACAGAGCAAAACAGCAUGUGGAUGGGCUCCCAUAAUGAGCUCAGCCAGCUGGGAUGGACCAUUCAGUUAUUAUAACAGUCUAUGCAGCUGUGAUCAGGGAAGCAUGAUGCAGAGACGCAUGAUGAAAAGUUUGUCUGAUAUCCUAGCCCAUUAGUGCUGCAUGUGUCCUGCUGAUCCUAGAUCAGUUUGGGAUGAGGGAAUCGGGCAUGAGGGAGCUGUUUGAUCAUCACUUCCUUCAUGUGCCCGACAUCACUUCCUUCAUGUGCCCAACAUCACUUCCUUCAUGUGCCUGACAUCACUUCCUUCUUGUGCCCCACAUCACUUCCUUCAUGUGACAGAGUGCUUGCUGAGCCUGGCAGGGAUUCACUCUUUCAGAUCCUUUCAUUCACCACCACUGCUCCCUUUGCCUGAUUGUGUUGCUACGGUGACCUGAUGACACAGGUGUGUUCAGGUCUCCCUGCCCUGUGGCAGAUGUGCUUUUUGCAGGUGAAAUUAAGUUACGGGUGUCUGAGAGAAAGUGUGUGUUUACGGACUCCUACACUAAGGGUGUACUGAGAUCUGUACCCCGUGUGUGAGCUACUUUAAAGUGCUAAGAAAUACACACGUGUAAAUUACACUGAAGUGAGAGAUCACAACGAGUUCAUGCACUACACUACAGCUGAAAUUCACUUAUCAGGUACUGUAGCACUGAAAAGCAUUUAAAUGUGAAUGUUUUACUACAGGGAACUACACACAAGUGUGAAAUUAUGUUUGAAAGAGAAAUUUAUCAAGCCUGUCAGUUUAUGAACUGUCUACCGAUUGUCAUCAUAGUGCACAGAUUGCAACUCCACCCUUUAAAUAAUAAAUUAUGUUGUUCAGAAGAUUGUAAAUUAUUGGCCUAAAUCACCUUUGCUAUGACACCUUUCUUUUGUUUUGUAUUUGGCAAGACAGUGUAUGGCUCAAAUAAAGCGCAUCUUUAAAACAU